AUGCAAAAUCACGUGGAUUUCGAUGACUUAUACAACGAUUCGUUUGUUCCUAAGCGCCCUCAUCUAGAAUGGGUGAAAAAUGAUCCACGUGAUGGUGUAUUUACGUUCACCGAUCCUACAACGAAGGAUAUUUUGUCCGAAUCCGUCCAAGAUGGAGAAACAAAAGUUUUGGUGAAAAUAUCAGAUUUGCAAUGGCGACAUUCUACGCGAUCCAACAUUUAUGUAUACAAAGUCAGUGACAAAUCGCUUGCACCGUUGACCGAUGACUCUACAGUUGAUCUCGAGUAUCCAAAAAUAUCCUAUGCCACUUGGAGCCCGACAGGUCAUCAAGUGGUUUUUGUCAUGGAAAAUGACUUGUACGUCUCCGAUCUUAAAGAUGUCCACCGCAUUACGUUUGACGGCUCGCGUACUGUGUUUAAUGGUGUUCCUGAUUGGGUAUAUGAAGAGGAAGUGUUCGGCAAGGACUUUACAGUAUGGUGGUCUCCUGAUUCGACCCAUAUUGCGUACUUGCGCUUCAAUGAAACCGAAGUGCCCGAAUACCACAUGCCGUUGUAUACCGCGUCCAACUCGAGCUACCCGGAAGAAAUGACCAUCAAGUAUCCAAAGGCUGGAUCGCCCAAUCCUCUCGUCUCGCUUCAUAUUCACUCGUUGCUCGACGAUACUUCUAUCAUGAUCACCAAAAACGCUACCACAGGCUCUACAAUUCAGACUGUUGGCAAAUAUAAAGAUUUUGAAGACGAUGACCGGUUAAUAAUCGAUGUGGCCUGGGCUACCUCGGAUCAUAGCCACCUCUUAUUCAAGCAGACAAACCGCGUUCAAGACCACGAAAUCACCAGCUUGGUUACUAUCGGCAAAUCGCUUCCAGACUCUAAGGUUGAGCUUGCACGCCAAUACCAACCAACGGACGGCGGCUGGAUCGAUGUUGGUCAGUCCAUGGUGUAUGUACCUAGCUCCAAGGCCAAAAAGACGCCUGUGCGAUAUAUUGACAUUGCAGACGACGGUGCUGGCUACAUGCACUUGGCGAUUUUUGCUGCUGGUGAUGGUAAACAUCAUAACCCCGUAUGGUUGACUUCUGGAGAAUGGGAGGUGGAGCCUGAAUCCGUCGUUAUGGAUACUGAGCGAAAGCUUUUACACUUUGUGUCAACGGAACGGUCACCUUUGGAGCGUCACUUGUACACUAUCUCAUUCAAAAGUGACGAUCCAGCAUCCACCAAAGAGUGCUUGACGUGUCCUGAAGAACCAGAAGAACACGGUUAUUACAGUGCUUCGUUCUCACCAAAGGCGGGUUACUAUGUUCUCAACUACGAAGGCCCUGAAAUUCCUACUACUGUUGUAAAAAAUGUGGACAACAGCACCUUUGAACUAGUUUUGGAAAACAAUAAUGCACUACGUGCUUUAUUGAGUGAUUACGACCUUCCACGAUCGCGAAUAAUCAAUGUCAAGAGCGGUGGUAUCGAUAUGAACGCUAUUGAGCGCUUGCCGCCGAAUUUCAAUGUUCUCGAAAAGUACCCUGUAUUGUUCCAUGUAUAUGGAGGUCCUGGCUCACAGACGGUUUCAUAUCGAUUCGAACUCGGAUGGCACACUUUCCUAGCAAGCAAGCUGCAAUACAUUGUUGUAACGGUCGAUGGACGAGGUACGGGAUAUCGUGGUCGAGAAUAUCGAAUGUGUGUCCGUAAGCGUUUAGGCGAACUAGAAGUGAUUGAUCAAGUGAAUGCCGCGAAGCAUUGGGCCGAGUUGGAAUACGUGGACCCAUCGCGUAUUGGUAUCUGGGGCUGGUCGUAUGGUGGUUACAUGGCCUCAAAAGUGAUUGAGUCUAAUGACGGUGUUUUCUCUACUGGCAUGUCUGUGGCACCUGUCACCGACUGGCGCUACUAUGGUAAGUGA